AUGUCUAAAAAUGAAACAUUUAGUGAUGAACUAGUAAAUGACUUUUUAGAUUUAUAUAAAUCUAAAGAUAAAAUUACAAGUGAUUUAUUGGAAUCACAACCUUGUAAAAUAUUAAAUUUUGUUUUUAACAAUCCAUCAUUUACAACUAUUAAAAAAAAUCUUUUAGAAACUAUUUGUAAAAACCCAAAAAUAUUAUUUGAUCAUGAAGAAUAUUCUAUAUUGGAUAAAGAUGAAUUGAAUUUAGUUAUUGAACAUGAUAAUCUUGAUAUGAAAGAAAAUGAUAUUUUUAAUUAUAUAAUCAAAUGGAGCACUAAUAAAGAUGAGAAAGUAUUGCAUAAUUUAAUUAAACAUAUUAGAUUUUAUCAAUUUUCUCUUAGUGAAUUCACUAAUGUAGUAUGGAAGUAUCAAAACCUUUUAUCAAAUGAGUUGAUUUAA